GUUUGAAGAAAGAAAAAACAGGGGGAAUCCGGGCGCCACAGUGGCCAUUCUCCGGUGGCCGGAGCAUGUCACCCAGAAACGGCUCCCUCAGAGGCCAGUGGGAGCGCCUGGCGGGCGGCGCGCUUGGUGGCGCCGAGCAUACUGGGAGGUGUGGUCCCGGCGACCCGAAGAUUCUGGGUAGUGUAGUCCUGGCGUCCUGCUGGAGUGGCCCCCGAGCUGGUGGCUCCAGUGACCCCUUGUUCUUUGGUGGCGCUGAACCAAAGCCAGAACUCCACCUCAGUCCCUUCCGCCCUCCGGAGUUCUCCAGUCAGCAGCUCCACAUGCAGCACAUGCUGUGUAGUCACCCUCCCUGGAUCUUCGCUUGCUGGUGUGCAGAAGAGCCUGUCCGGCCAGGAGCUCCGUGCCCUGGUGACCGGCAGCAGCAGCAGCAGCGAGCCUCUGAUGGAAGUUCCUGGAACGACGAAGCAGAAGGUCAGGAGAGAGCAGGCACCCAGCCUUUGUUUGGAAAGACAAAGCAAAGGACUUCAGGCGCGUUCCCCAGGCCGCCACCCCAGCAGCAGCCGGUCAGCUCUGGGCAUGGCAUCCAAGGCGUGGAGGGAGUGGCCAGCCCAGCUCAGACGGGGAAUCCCGAGGAAACAGACAGACUGUUGAAGAGGAUAGAAGUCUUAGGGUUUGGAACAGUCAACUGUGGGGAGUGUGGCCUGGGCUUCAGCAAGAUGACAAACCUGCUCAGUCACCAGAGGAUACACUCAGGGGAGAAGCCGUAUGUGUGCGGGGUGUGUGGGAAGGGCUUUAGCCUAAAGAAAAGCCUUGCCAGACACCAGAAGGCACACUCGGGGGAGAAGCCCAUCGUGUGCAGGGAGUGUGGGCGAGGCUUUAACCGGAAGUCGACACUCAUCAUACACGAGAGGACACACUCAGGUGAGAAGCCUUACAUGUGCGGCGAGUGCGGGCGAGGCUUCAGCCAGAAGUCAAACCUCAUCAUACACCAGCGGACACACUCUGGGGAGAAGCCCUACGUGUGCCAGGAGUGUGGGAAAGGCUUCAGCCAGAAGUCAGCUGUCGUCAGACACCAGAGGACGCACUUGGAGGAGAAGACCAUCGUGUGCAGUGACUGUGGCCUGGGCUUCAGCGACAGGUCGAACCUCAUCUCACACCAGAGGACACACUCCGGGGAGAAGCCUUAUGCCUGCAAGGAGUGUGGGCGGUGCUUCAGGCAGAGAACCACCCUUGUCAACCACCAGAGGACACACUCCAAGGAGAAGCCUUAUGUGUGUGGCGUGUGUGGGCACAGCUUCAGCCAGAAUUCAACCCUCAUCUCACACAGGCGGACACACACUGGGGAGAAGCCUUACGUGUGUGGGGUGUGUGGGCGAGGCUUUAGUCUCAAGUCACACCUCAACAGACACCAGAACAUACACUCAGGGGAUAAGCCCAUUGUGUGUAAGGACUGUGGGCGAGGCUUCAGCCAGCAGUCAAAUCUCAUCAGACACCAGAGGACACACUCAGGGGAAAAGCCCAUGGUGUGUGAGGAGUGUGGGCGAGGCUUCAGCCAGAAGUCAAACCUCGUUGCACACCAGAGGACACACUCUGGGGAGAAGCCGUACGUGUGCAGGGAGUGUGGGCGAGGCUUCAGUCACCAGGCAGGUCUCAUCCGGCACAGGCGGAAACACUCGAGGGAAAAGCCUUACACGUGCAGGCAGUGUGGACUCGGCUUUAGCAAUAAGUCAGCUUUAAUCACGCACAAAUGGGUACACUCGGAAGAGAAGCCCUGUUUACUCAGAGAGUGUGGCCAAGGCUUUCCCCAAAAGUCACACCUCAUCUUACAUCAGAUGACACACCAGGGCAGGAAGCCUUAUGUGUGCAAGACGUGUGGACAGGGCUUUAGCCAGAAGUCUCACCUCAGCAGACACAGGAGGAUGAAGUGCGCCCAUCACAAACUGCAACUGCAGUCUGACCCCGAGGCCUACCCAGAGCAAUCUUCUGACCCCCUGCACUCUCUCUGAGAGUGAAGAUGGUGGUGAGCACUGAAUAAUCAAACAUCGUACACUUUCAUGAAACAUAUUCUGUAAGUGGUCAAAGGACAUUUGCCUUCGUUUACUUCCUCCAUGCUGAGUCUUCAUGUUUUGUGGUCUUUUGUUCUAAUAAACUGCUUCUUUACAAACCU